AUAUGGAGCAAGAGAGGAAAGUCAAAAUGAACACCUCGGCGUAUACUGACACUACCCCGCUUUUGGCGAUCUAAAAAGAACUUCUUACGAAAAAAAAAUCAAUUAAAAAAAUGGGAAAUCAAAAGCGAAUGAUGAACCAGAUUGAAGAGGCAGUGACUGGAUUCAAGCUGGUCAUGGAUUCCCAUAACACUCGUAACUAAUACUUUUUAUUUUCUUGAUUUUAAAUCACCCCCUCCACGUGCACUUUACUCACUCUUCCUUCUACUUCCUUGUACCACUAGCUAUAUCUCUAUAUAUAGAUAUAUUGUAUGGUAUCUUGUAUCUCCUUGUUUGUAUGUGUAUAAAUAUACGCGGAUACAGUUUUGAAUCCCAUUACUUGCUUGUAUGACAUAGACAUGAACUUCAGUUUAUCUAAUGGCAGAAACCGUUGCGUGUUAAAUGUUGUAUAAAUCUCUGUAUUGAAUCGUGGGAUCACAUACAUCUGUAGAUAGAAGGUAUUUUUUCUGGAUUUAAAGCAGGAGGUUGAAAGAAAAGUGUAAUCAAACAUGGAUAAGUAUGAGGUGGUGAAGGAUUUGGGAGCUGGGAAUUUUGGGGUAGCCAGGCUUUUGAGGCACAAGGAGACCAAGGAGCUAGUUGCCAUGAAAUACAUUGAGAGAGGCCACAAGAUAGAUGAGAACGUGGCAAGAGAGAUAAUCAAUCACCGAUCACUUAGGCACCCAAAUAUAAUCCGGUUUAAGGAGGUGGUUUUGACCCCUACCCAUUUGGCCAUAGUGAUGGAGUAUGCCGCCGGCGGCGAGCUCUUUGAACGAAUCUGCAAUGCUGGUAGAUUCAGUGAAGAUGAGGCUAGAUACUUUUUUCAGCAGUUGAUCUCUGGUGUCAAUUAUUGCCAUUCCAUGCAAAUAUGUCAUAGAGAUCUGAAACUGGAAAAUACACUGCUAGAUGGCAGUCCUGCUCCUCGCUUGAAAAUAUGUGAUUUUGGUUACUCUAAGUCAUCUCUGCUGCAUUCAAGACCAAAAUCAACAGUUGGGACUCCAGCUUACAUAGCACCAGAGGUUCUUUCUCGGCGAGAAUAUGAUGGCAAGUUGGCUGAUGUAUGGUCAUGUGGAGUGACUCUGUAUGUUAUGCUAGUGGGUGCGUACCCUUUGAGGAUUACUCUUAAAGAAGUCAAGAACCAUCCUUGGUUCUUAAAGAACUUGCCAAGGGAGCUAACAGAAUCAGCUCAAGCCAUUUAUUACCAGAGAGAUAACCCGAGCUUUUCUCUUCAAAGUGUGGACGAGAUAAUGAAAAUUGUUGGGGAAGCAAGAAAUCCACCUCCAUCAUCAAGGCGAGUGAAAGGCUUCGGGUGGGGUGCAGAAGAGGUUGAAGGGGAGGAAGAUGUGGAGGAAGACGUGGAAGAAGAGGAGGAUGAAGAAGACGAGUAUGACAAACGGGUCAGAGAGGUUCAUGCAAGCGGGGAAUAUCAAAUCAGUUGA